GAGACACACGCAGUGAAGAAACACAACCAACAAGAGGGUCUCUUUACCUGUCAUGGGAAUCUAACCACCAGCUCGUACUGUGUGCCUGUCAGAGAGCUUUUGUCCAGACGGAUCAUUUAAGAGCAGGUAUGAAGACUGUGGAGCCCAUUUCAGUCGUACAGAUCCUUUUUCUGCUGGUUCUGGUCACCUCAAGCUACAGCAUACAGGGAGCACCUCGCAUCAUCACCUUACUGGAGACAGUGGAUGUACUACUGGAUCACAAUGCAACCUUCAUUUGUGAAGUGGAGUCACGCCCCCCUGCUGACAUCACCUGGACCAAGAAUAACCACCCAAUUAUGUACUAUGACCCCCGGUACAUUACCAGGGAGCAGGGACAGAUGCUAAUCAUCCCUCAUGUAAGAGAGUCAGACAAUGGAGAGUACUGCUGCCUCGCCAAUAACGGCAUCGGAGAGCCGGCCAAGAGCUGUGGAGCGCUGCAGCUAAAGAUGAAACCGCAGAUCAAACGCCAUCCUACCAAUUUAACCCUUCUGGUAGAAUCCAAAGCAGUGUUACCCUGUGUGACACUCGGCAAUCCCAAACCAGAUGUGACCUGGCUCAAAGAUGAUGAGCUUAUCAAGAUAAGUGACCGUGUCACCAUUCUCGACUACGGUGCAUUGAAGAUUCAUAACAUACAAAAGGAGGAUGCGGGACAGUAUCGCUGUGUGGCCAGGAAUAGCUUUGGUUUGGCCUUUUCAAAGCCUGUCACCAUAGAGGUACAGGCUCCAGCACGAAUCCUGCGGGUUCCAAAAGAGAAGAGAGUAGCGUAUGGCAGCCAGAUUACACUUGACUGUAACGCCACAGGAAAUCCGAUCCCCACCAUCACCUGGCUGGAAAAUGGGAAUACUAUCUCAGGCGCAUCGGUUGAGGAGACCUUGGUGGGAGAGGUGAUCCUGUCUGUUCUUAAAGUGACAGUGAACAAGCCCGCUCUGUAUACCUGUCUGGCCUCCAACAGACACAGUGCUGGAGCCAACACCGUCAAAGCAACUGCAAGAGUCACCGUCGCAGAGUGGAGACUCUACAAGGGUGUUGCAGGCUACUGCAGCGCCUACCGAGGUGAUGUUUGCCGCACCGUCCUGCGAGAUGAUUCGCUAGUUUUCUUCAACUCCUCCCUCUCGGACCCCGAGGACAUGCAGGAGUACCUGGUUCAGAGCUGGUGGUCGGAGCUGGAAGGACUCAGUAUGCUGUGUAGCCCGGCAAUACGCUCACUGCUCUGCCACUCCUCCUUCCCUGACUGCAACCCAUCAGGGUUAGGACCUGCACCUAAACCUGUCUGCAGAGAACACUGCCUGGCAGUAAGGGAGCUGUACUGCCAUAAGGAGUGGCUGGUACUAGAGAGCACCAGUUCAGUCCAGCCUGGGCUGUUCAGCUCUGUCACUGGGUCCCACACUUCCAGUUCACUGCUGCCCAACUGUCAGGCUUUACCGAGUCUUCGCACAGACCCUGAUGCUUGUACACAUGUCCCUUUUGUAGACAUCAAGAAAGAUCAAAUUACAAUGACGUGUUACAAUGACAGAGGCCGUUUCUACCAAGGCAGUGUGAAUGUGACGAGGUCUGGGAUACCGUGUCAGCCAUGGAGCCAACAGGUUCCCCACCAGCACCGCCUGUCUGUGGAUGUCAUUCCAGAGUUGAGGAACUCAGACAACCACUGUAGGAACCCAGGAGGAAUCAGCGACAAGCCCUGGUGUUACACCUCAAAUCCCAACAUUCGUUGGGAGUACUGCACCGUGCUGCAGUGUGGGGAAGCGAAUACAGCAUCAGUGAUGAAGCCAGAGUCUGCGGGCCCCCAUCAGACACCCCGUCUUCCUCCCACAACCACUAUAUCAUCACCAGCUUACUCCAUGUCUGUCAUUGUUAUCAUACUGACUGCAAUUGCAGCUGCAGUCUUCCUCACUAUCAUCAUCCUUGCCUGCUGCAGACGGAGGAAGCAGUGGAGGAACCGUAAAAGAGUGAUGGAGACCCCGACGCUUAGUGCUCUUCCGUCAGAGCUCCUGCUGGACCGACUCCACCCCAACCCCAUGUACCAGAGGGUUCCUUUGUUGCUGAACUCAAAGCUACUGGCCCUCGAGUACCCACGAAAUAAUAUUCAAUAUGUUAGAGAUAUUGGAGAGGGAGCCUUCGGACGUGUUUUCCAAGCCAGAGCGCCAAGUCUGCUGCCCCUGGAGCCUUUCACGAUGGUGGCUGUGAAGAUGCUGAAGGAGGAGGCCUCAGCUGACAUGCAGAAUGACUUCCAAAGAGAGGCAGCGCUCAUGGCCGAAUUUGACCAUCCGAACAUCGUGCGACUCCUAGGUGUGUGUGCGGUGGGUAAACCCAUGUGUCUGAUGUUCGAGUACAUGGCCAACGGUGAUCUCAAUGAGUUCCUGCGUCGUCGAUCUCCGACCCAGUCAGUGCACACCCUGAGCCACGCCAGCCUAUCGGGUCGCAGCUUCUCCUCUGAGGUGGAGGCGGGACUUCUCUCCUGUACUGAGCAGUUGUCAAUUUCCAAGCAAAUUGCCGGAGGAAUGGCCUACCUAUCAGAGCGCAAGUUCGUCCAUCGUGACCUCGCGACCCGGAACUGUUUGGUAGGGGAGGAGAUGGUGGUGAAGAUCGCGGACUUCGGCCUCUCCAGAAACAUCUACUCGGCUGACUACUACAAAGCCAAUGAGAAUGAUGCCAUCCCCAUUCGCUGGAUGCCCCCAGAGUCUAUUUUCUACAACCGCUACACUACUGAAUCGGACGUGUGGGCUUAUGGUGUGGUGUUAUGGGAGAUUUUCUCCCAUGGGAUGCAACCGUACUACGGUAUGGGUCAUGAAGAGGUUAUUUACUAUGUGAGGGAUGGUCACAUCCUCUCCUGCCCUGAGAACUGUCCCCUGGAGCUGUACAAUCUGAUGAGGCUUUGUUGGAGCACACACCCAUCAGAUAGGCCCAGCUUCAGUAGUAUACAUCGGAUACUGGAGCGUAUGCAUCUGAACACACUAAGCAUCAAUGAAGCUGACCCUGAGCCUGACUGCUAACCUGGGACAUUUUCACAAAAAUACAUCUGUCUCUGUGCAAGAAAACAAUGAGUUAUAUAGUGAUUUAGUGCCUUUAAAUGAACUCUGACACUGAGCCUGAGCACAUACUGAAUACUUCGUAAAGUAACUUCAGCCUUUUCCUUGCCCAAUUUCCUGAGUGAGUGAGUGAGUGAGUGAGUGAGUGAGUGAGUGAGUGAGUGAGUGAGUGAGUGAGUGAGUGAGUGAGUGAGUGAGUGAAUGAAUGAGUGAGUGAAUGAGUGAGUUACACUAUUGGCUGGCCGAGUGUUUCCCAUUGGCUGUUGCUCUGAGGUUUGACAGCAGUUUUAAUUUUUAUGCACCUAUAAGCAUCAGGCAACAAAUCUAGCAACUUUUUGGACAAACCGUGACUAUUUUCUAUAGAAGACACUUGCCAGGAUUGCCCUGUAAGUGAGAGGCCAGCUCUGUCUACUCUGUUCAGUGAGUGACAGAGAGACAGAGCAGCAGUUUGUUACCCGGAUUAAGGCUGUAUGCUGUGUGAGACUAUAUAAGGAAGAUAUUAUGUCACUUCUAACUUUCUCUCUGAGUGAUCAUUUUACAUGUAAAUAUGGCUGAAAUCACAGCAGAGUCUUUGCCAUUAACUUAUGUGUUUGGUGUCCUUUUAUAAACAUAAAAUCAGGAUUUUAGCAGCAGCAGAGCAGCAGCUUGGAGUUGACUGCUGGUAAACAUGUGGUCUUGAUGGGUUGCAUUUCAGUCACUAUUUCAUACUUUUUCAAUUGUCUGACAACAGAAACAGAAAAACAUGUAAAUGAGAACAGUUUUAUUGGAAAUCUGAAUGUAUUAAAUUACUGUAUAUGUGAGCACAGAGAGUAAGAGAGAAACAAACAGAUAAAGGGCUUAAACUGGCUGACACUAAGCUGAAUGCAAAUAUGACAUGAUGACGUCAGGAAUAUGCUACUUAGUGUAUUACUAACACCUGUUAUAGUUUAUUACAUUUGUGUAUUACUUACGUCUUUAAUUCAGGACCCUUUGCCAGCACAUGAACAUGACUCUAACCCCAACCCCAGAGCCUUAACCUUUGAAGACUUGAAGCCACUAACCAUGCAGCUAUACCCCAAACCAUUUAAAAAAUGUUGUGCUUCAUCCAUUGCAUGUAGAAUUAUUUGGGAUUUUUUUCUCUUUUUCAUUUUGAACUGUCAAGGUGUUAUUAAAUCUGACAACUGAACAUUAAGGUUAGAAAUUGAAUGGAACACGACAGUUAACACUUCAUAGUAACUAAACAUUUUUUUCUUCUUAUAGUCGCAUCUAGCAAAUUCCACAGUGGCACACAAUCACUUUAAUCCAGUGCUGUUGAUUGUUUUUAUAGAAACGUUGCUAUUCCAUUUAUGGGCAUUCUUCAUAUGUAUAUUCCAGAGGCAGCUGGUGACUCAAAAAAAUUGGGAGGACAAGAGGGAAGCAAACCCACGGUGUCGUGUUAUUUUACAGUGGCUGGCUACUAAUCUCUACUUAUUUUUGUUCAAUGAAAAUUUAACAGUAAAACAAUGGCAUCAUUGCAAUGAUGAAAGAAUCGUUAAAAAAUAUUAAGGAUGUUAAAUGGCAAAAAAAGCAUGAUGGUUGUGCCUGAAGGAGAAAGAAGAGGAAGAUGAAAUUCAACAUGGUUGACUAGAAGAGUCUUUAGCAACAAAAUUAAUAUACUUCUAUAGCAAAUAUAUUAAGAUGUUGCCACCAAACGCCUGCCGUGGGUCCAGCUUGGAUAGCUGAGGCAUCCUGCCCUCCUCUGCCCCCAUGGACCAGCCUCCUCUGAUAUACAAAUUUUUUUUCUUUCUUCUUCAUCAUGUUGUUGUUGAUCUUUGUCUUUUUUGUUGUUAACCACACUUUUUUGAGUCUUUGACACACAGAGUUUGAUAUAAGAAAAUUACAGCAGGCACAGGUAAAAUUUGUUUCAAGUUUUAUUAAUGAAUUCUUCCGACUUGCGUCAUCAUCGCCCGUAAGGCUCUCACUGAAACACAGACACACACAUUUGUUUAAUCAUAAUUUUACAGAACUUCAUUAGCCGGAUUCAUUUCCGUUUCUUAAGAUAGAAUCUUUAGUGAGUGAAAAAUGGCCAAACUGUCCUUUUAUGUGAAAAAAUAUCCUCAUUCAGAAUGACUAAAUAUAUCCCUCUGAAUGAUUACAUUUUUAAUUGGCUCUCACAAAGACAGAACUUCUCUCUUACACAUCAAACUUUCUUCUGGUUCAACUGUGUAAAAUUUGAUUAAUGUGUUAUGACACAGUAUGAGCACAUGCAGCAUCAACAUCUCUUGUAUCAUCAGUCAUUUUUGUCAUGUGGAUUACACAAAGCAGUUUUUGUUUCCUUUUAAUUUGUCUUGUGAAUGUAUUUAAUUAAGAGAUUAAUAUGAAAUGAGAGAACAUAAUGAUGUUGUCAUAUUGAUGAAAUGCCUUUCAGAUGAAAGACAUGUUUUAUUUCUUUUUAAAUAUGGUGUGACGUUUGUUAUUUGUUACAUAAAUGAUACAAUUUUCACCACACAUACAAGUAUGAUACUGUAUUUCUUUGUAUUGCUUGCAAAUAAACGGAAUUAUUAAACAUG